AUGGGCAUCUUCAACAAGUCGAUCACUGGGUCCCUCAUCAUCACUGCAUGCAAAUUGAACAAGCUACACAUUCUAAAGAUGCUCAAUGAUGGACCAUCCACAACUGUCAGCCCUGCUGACCCUUCUCUGGCUCAGUACACUUGGAAUCAUAUAUCUCUUGCGGCAGAAUCCAACUCAUACGACGUGUUGGAGUAUCUCUUGGACACCUGGACAGCAUCACCAUUCGUCAACACGACCAAUACUCAACGUCUGCGCAAUAUCAACGAGGCACUACCCACUGCUCAUUACCUUGGCUUUACGCGAGUCAUUCGUCUAUGUCAAUCAAUCAUCAAUCGCAUCAAAAAUAACAGUUCGAACAACAAGAAGAGGAAGAAAUCAGAGACUGAUGAUGAGAGUACAGAUAUAAUGAUGGAGACAACAUCAACAUCAUCUUCACGCUUGUCGACAGCAUUCCAAAUGGUGUUCAGAGAUAGGAGACUGGGCAUGAUCAUCAUGAGGACCAUUGGUGAUGUGUACAGGAGGUUUGGUGUCAAAGAUGACAAACUGAUCAAAGGUGGUCAACUGUUGGCCAAGCAUACUCUGGUCGACUAUAUCAAGUAUGGCGCCAUUGAGUGGUUCCUCAAGUCAUACUAUCCAGUUGCCAACAUAUACCCUGACAACACCAAGUUGCUCACAGCAGCACUCAUUCGUGCCGACACUCAAGUUAUGGACGUCCUCCUGGCCAACCCUUCGAUGGGUAUCAUCUGCGACAUCAGCUCCGCCAUGGAAGAUCCCUAUAAUUUCGGAGACGAAAAGAGCUUACUAGAGUCCAUUGUGGAGCAUCAUUCAAACUGUCAUCAGUCGGGAUUGGAGCGCAGCAUCGACAAAGAUGACUGA